CAAGGGACACAGAGAUUUCGAAGAAACUGCAGCUGUUCUUGGCUUUCCUUUCGGUGCAAGCAUUGACAUACGAUAAAGUCAAAGUAAACUAUCCGAUUUACUGAUAAAUUUUGCCAUUAGAUGUUCUUCCAAAUUCCCGAGUAGAUCAUGAUGAGAGAGAUUCCCAUCUUCUUCCUCGUUACUUUUGCAGUUGUUCUUUUAAAUUCCGUUUCCUUGGCAGACGACACAUUAACCCCUCAACAACCUCUCCUCGACUCCCAUGGAACCACGCUGCUCGACGCCGGCAAUAGAUUCGAGCUGGGCUUCUUCACCCCCAACGACUCUUCCUACCGCUACGUCGGCAUAUGGUUCUACAACAUCUCACCUCGAACCGUCGUUUGGGUCGCCAACCGCCGGAGCCCUCUGCCUGAUCUCUCCGGACGCCUCUCUCUAACCACCAACGGAACGCUCCUCCUCACCAGCGACAACUCGACGAUGGUCUUCUGGUCCUCCAGAGACGGCUCUGCCCCCUUGAGGAACCCGGUGGCCCGGCUCCUCGACAACGGUAAUUUCGUCGUCGGGGAGGAGGCCGAACCGAACGGUUACGUCGCGUGGCAGAGCUACGACCACCCGACGGACACGAUCCUCCCAGGGAUGAGAUUUGGCCGGAACAUGACCAGCGGACUCAAUCUCAACCUCACGGCGUGGACGAGCCUAAGCGAUCCGACGCCGGGGGACUACGUGGUGGGCAUUAACAUGGACGGCGUGCCGGAGGAAAUUUUGUGGCAGAGGAGGAUACCGCUGUGGCGAUCGGGGCCGUGGAACGGGCUUUACCUCAGUGGCGGGCCGGAGAUGGUGGCUGAGAACCUGGUGCAGUACCACUUCACGGUGGCGUCCCAACAGUUCAUCUACACCUACACCAUCCGCGACAACUCCUUGCCCGCAAGAAUCACCUUGAUCCCCUCCGGCGAGCUCCGGGUUCUAAUUUGGGUGGUGUACAACCAGGAGUGGAGCGUCCGGGGAUACUCUCCUAGGGAUCCCUGCGACUUCUUAUCGGCGUGUGGCCUCAACGCGAUCUGCAUCCCCAACAGGUCGCCGAUGUGCAACUGCCUGACGGGGUUCAAGCCCAAGAAUUCUACCAAUUGGAACAUACUCAGGGACUGGUCCGGAGGUUGCGUGAGGAACACGGAGUUGGACUGCCGUAACAGGACCGAUGGAUUCUUUAAUCAGAGCAACCUGAAGCUGCCGGAAACGUCAAGUGCGGUGAUGCGCGCGAGUUUGACUCUGGCAGAGUGCAGUAAUUUGUGCUUAAACGACUGCAACUGCACGGCCUACGCCAGCGCCAACGUCAACGGGAGCGGGUGCAUUCUCUGGACCUCCCACCUCACAGAUAUUAGAUUCUUCUUCGGGGGGAUGGGGCAGGAUCUCUACGUCAGGCUUGCUGCUGCCGAUCUAAUUGCAGCGUACGCGGAAUCAAGGCCGUCUAAUAAGAGGCGGGUUGGGGUGAUCGUAGCCGUUACUUUGGCGGCAUCGUUUCUGCUGUCUUGUGCUGCAUUCUGCAUUUGGAGAUGGAAGACUAAAAAGAGCUUCGUUGGCGAAGAAACGGAAGAACAAGACUUGGACCUGCCCUUAUUUGAUUUAGAUACAAUUGUGAAUGCCACCGGCAACUUCUCCACUGGCAACAAGCUCGGAGAGGGUGGAUUUGGUCCGGUUUAUAAGGGAAGAUUGUCCGAGGGACAGGAGAUAGCUGUUAAGAGACUAUCCAAAACAUCAUCUCAGGGUGUGAACGAGUUCAAAAAUGAGGUGCAGUUGAUUGCAAAGCUGCAACACCGAAGUCUCGUUCGACUUCUUGGUUGCUGCGUUGAAGCAGGAGAAAGGAUGUUGAUCUAUGAGUACUUGUCCAAUGGAAGCUUAGAUAAGUUCCUAUUCGAUGAAGUUAAAAGUGGACAAUUAGAUUGGAAGUUGCGUUACAAUAUUAUUGUUGGAAUUGCUCGGGGUCUUCUCUAUCUUCAUCAUGAUUCUAGAUUUAUAAUCAUUCAUAGAGAUCUCAAGGCAAGUAAUAUUCUUCUUGACCAAGAUAUGAAUCCUAAAAUAUCAGAUUUUGGCAUGGCAAGAAUAUUGGACGGUGAUGAAAAUGCAGCAAAAACAAAGAGAAUUGUUGGAACUUAUGGAUAUAUGCCUCCUGAAUAUAUUAAAAAUGGAAGGUUCUCUAUCAAAUCUGAUAUUUUUAGUUUUGGAAUAUUGAUACUUGAAAUUAUAAGCGGCAAAAGGAAUACAGAGGUUUUUACUUCCGACCAACAUCUAAAUCUAUUAGAUUAUGUAUGGAGAUUGUGGAGAAAUGACAAAGCUUUGGAAUUAAUAGAUGAAACAAUUUGCCCUCCAUUUUCUAUGGAAGAAGUCAUGAGAUGCAUAAAUAUUGGCCUCUUAUGUGUUCAAGAAAGAUGUGAGGAUAGACCAAUCGUAACAUCAAUAUUGUUAAUGUUAUUAGGAAGUGACAACACAUCGUUACCUGAGCCAAGACAACCAGGUUUUGUUUCAAGAGAUCUACACGAAGGCAAUUCAUCGAGUAUCAUGAAAUACACAUGUUCGAACCAAGUGUCAGUCACAAUCUUGGAAGCUCGAUAGUUAGUAAUAAAUAUACAAACAUUGUGAUGCCCAAUGUAAUGUUGAAAUUUUUAUAAUCUUUAAUGUUUGUUAAUGAUUAUUAGAAGAGUUUGGGCAAAUUGAAACUUGUAUUUUGCUAAGUACAAAUGUUGUUUAUAAAUUUGGUUAUGAAAGUAAUCAUAAGCAAUUGCCUUUACAAACACUAUUGUCAUGUGGCAUCUUUUUGGGCCCAUGACAUUUCAUUUCAAAAGAAUCAAUGUAAGUUUUUUAUUCU